AUGGGACCAACUGGUGACUACCAGGUACAAAUACACAACAACACGGGUAUACGGGGACGAGUGAUUUUUAUUCUGUUUUUUUUUCAGGUGGUAGUUUUAUCAGAAGAAUUCAGUCCGGACACGACUGGGGAUGGAUCUGGGGGCCUCUGGUAUCCUUAUUGCUGUGGCAAUACUCCAGGGCAUCUUCUUGAUAAAUGGGGCGGCGAAACUUACAAGUUUCUACACUCCUGCUGGCUCGAAGGUGGUCACAACGUGACUAUCGGGCCGGUCUACUCCCUGAGUAAAGAACAUAACAAAGAAACCCCGGUGUGGGCCUCGACCGUCUUCGGAUUCCGGUACCUAGAGCCACGGCAGUUGGAGUACCUGAACCGAUUGUACUCUGGGGACUACGUUUCUGGCCACACGUUCACAACCUUCAUCGUCCACACAACCUCUAUGCUGUCGUACCUGUACUCGCGCUUCGGCCGCGCCGGCGGUGAGCUAAAGCGCGCCAAGGUGACUUCCUUACGGGACCCCGUCCUUGAAGACUGCGACGUUGUGGUCAACUGUACUGGUCUUGGAGCGAAGGAUUUGGUCCCCGAUUCCGGGGUGUUCCCGGUUAGGGGACAGGUCAUAAGAGUCGCUGCUCCGUGGCAGUACGACACAGUCUUGGACAAAAGCUCUGGACACUACAUAAUACCCAAUGCCGAGACGGUGGUGUUAGGUGGCACGCAACAAGAGCACGAUUUUAAUACGGGAACAGAUCCAAAGGACACAGAGUUCAUUCUUAAUGGAUGUUGCUCAAGGAUUCCUAAGAUGAAGGCGGCUAAAGUGGUAAAACACUGGACAGGUCUGCGACCCGGGCGAGACCAGGUCAGGUUGGAGUUAGAAAUUGUGGAUGGAAGACUAGUCAUACACAACUACGGGCACGGUGGGAGUGGCGUUACGUUGUUCUGGGGGUGCGCAGGCAAUCUCCUAGAUUUGCUGCAGGCAAAUUUGAACCAAAUAGACAAUCGCCUAAAGUCAAAGUUAUAAUAAAGGUUCAGAAGGCAGUGCUAACCCAGCU